AUGGCACACUUCUUCAAAGAGGAGCUGCAAGUCAAGAAAAACGCCGCCAUUCUGGAUGUGGGAUGUGGAACUGGACUGCUCGGGGUGCAGCUGAAUAAACUCGGCUACAGCACAAUGGACGCACUGGACUACAGCGAGGAGAUGAUGAGUGAAGCGAAGAAGAAGAGCAUCUACAAGCGCCACUUUCUCGAGAAGGUCGCCAAGAACAACAAGCUCACUAUCAAGGACGCUGAUUACGACGUGGUGACCUUAUGUGGUUCCCUCAUGCCCGGCCACAUCAUGCCUGAUGCUCUACCGGAGGUGGCCAGGCUCGUCAAGCCCAACGGCCGCCUCAUGUGGAUCAACCGCACGCUAGACGCCUACGAGAGCAAAUCUGAGCAGUUCCUGGAGGCCCACUUUACCGGCACGCUGCAGUCGCUGUGCCGCCAGUUCCGCAUGGAGAUCGUUGUCCGCAAGAAGGUCCAGGACUACCGGAACAACUGCGAUGGUCAGAUCUUCGCGCUCAAGAAGAAAGCAUGA